GUGCAUGUCCAGGGCACGAGCGGCGGCUCCCUGCGCCGUGCAGCCUGCGGGGGCAGAGUUAGCGGGAAAGGAGGCGUUGCAGAUGGUGCAGGGGCUCUGGAGGAGAGGGAGGGCUCGUGAGCAAAGGUGGAGAUGCUGUUAGGGCUUUGAAAAGAACUCAUGGCCCGGGCGUGGUGGCACACACCUGUGAUCCCAGCACUUGGAAGGCAGAAGCCGGAGGGUGGCCAGGAGUUUGAGGCCAGCCAGGCCUGCACACCGAGAGCCUGUCUCUAAAGGUCAACAUGAGUCUGUUUGGAACAACAUCGGGGUUUGGAACUGGCGGGACCAGCAUGUUUGGCAGUACAACUACAGAUAAUCACAACCCCAUGAAGGAUAUUGAAGUCACGUCCUCUCCUGACGAUAGCAUCGGUUGUCUGUCUUUUAGCCCGCCGACCUUGCCAGGGAAUUUUCUUAUUGCAGGAUCGUGGGCUAAUGAUGUUCGAUGCUGGGAAGUUCAGGACAGUGGUCAGACCAUCCCAAAAGCCCAGCAGAUGCACACUGGACCUGUGCUGGACGUCUGCUGGAGUGACGACGGAAGCAAAGUGUUUACAGCAUCAUGUGACAAGACUGCCAAGAUGUGGGACCUCAACAGCAAUCAAGCGAUACAGAUCGCACAGCACGAUGCUCCUGUCAAAACCAUCCACUGGAUCAAAGCCCCAAACUACAGCUGUGUGAUGACCGGGAGCUGGGAUAAGACCUUGAAGUUCUGGGAUACACGCUCAUCAAACCCUAUGAUGGUCUUGCAACUCCCUGAACGGUGUUACUGUGCCGAUGUGAUCUACCCAAUGGCCGUGGUGGCCACUGCCGAGAGGGGACUGAUUGUCUAUCAGUUGGAGAACCAGCCCUCCGAAUUCAGGAGGAUAGAGUCUCCGCUGAAGCACCAGCAUCGAUGUGUGGCUAUUUUUAAAGACAAACAGAACAAGCCGACUGGUUUUGCCCUGGGGAGUAUCGAAGGGAGAGUUGCUAUUCACUACAUCAACCCCCCAAAUCCGGCCAAAGAUAACUUUACCUUCAAAUGUCAUCGGUCCAAUGGAACCAAUACUUCAGCGCCUCAAGACAUCUAUGCAGUGAAUGGGAUCGCCUUCCACCCUGUUCACGGCACCCUGGCCACGGUGGGGUCUGACGGCCGGUUCAGCUUCUGGGACAAAGACGCCAGGACAAAGCUGAAGACCUCGGAACAGCUGGACCAGCCCAUCGCAGCAUGCUGCUUUAACCACAAUGGGAACAUUUUUGCCUAUGCUUCCAGCUACGACUGGUCCAAGGGACAUGAGUUUUAUAACCCCCAAAAGAAAAACUACAUUUUUCUGCGUAACGCAGCUGAGGAACUCAAGCCACGGAACAAGAAGUAGCUGGAGCCACUCGACUGCCUCUUUCUGCACACUCGGCCUCCGCCCAGACGGCGUGGAUUUGCGCCCUGGAGGAAACAGUGCUCUUGCCCAGGAGUCAGACUGGCUUUCGUUCCACCCACUCCUGGCUGCCAGGCUCUGGGGACUCAUGUCACCGAGGUUAGAUUCGGGCGGGCAGCGCACUUGAUUCAGCAAGAUUGGAAGCCGUCUGUGAGCCCCGUACUGCAUUUUAUAAUAAAAUACUUGGAAAACGGC